CACCGGAAACGAAUGAUUGUUUACAUUUCCGGAUAUUCCAAACUGCAGAUCCUGUUAAACAUUAAAAAUUUAGGUUCAAAUUUGCACAUUUAAAGAAUUGAUAAUGCCUCGGCAACUUAGUACCUCACUGAGUGAUCUCAUCCUAGCAAUUUCAGCAUUUUAUGUUGCAAACCAGUUAUAUCGCCACCAUCUUAAGCCAUCUGUUGGACUAAUUAUCCAAGGAAUAGCAGCGUCCAUAGGCAUCCUUAGAUUCAGUAUGGAGAACCCAGAGGGAUCACUAAUUUUCAAGGGUCACAAAUUCUUUUCAUGGUUAGCAGCCACAUUUGGCAUUCCGGCAAUAGCUUUAGGAUUUUGUGGCAUUUACGGAUCAGCUGUCCUAGCAAACAAGAUAAUAAUAUUUGUUGCCAUUGUUGCAGUAUCUUCCUUCUUCCUACCAACAAAUAUGAGACAGCUUACAACUCAAGCCGUCAGUGGAUUCGCAAUGUUGACAAUCCUCCUGCUGUGUUUUAUGUAUAGAAAUUGGUAUGGUCUCGGUGCUGCAGUAUUGUAUGUUGUUUCUGGAUUGAUUGGCGGUUCAGAAGGACAGAUAGGACCAUGUUACAAAGUAGAUAUCCUUCACUAUGGUCUUGUUAUUGGAAAUUUUAUGUUUUGGUACUCAUUUCCAACAGUAGAUCCACCACCCAGUAGCAAUACAAAACAUUAUUUGCAAAAUUUUUGAAGUUCAUACUAUAAUUUUACAGCCUUAUUUCCAAUUGUUUUUGAUUUUUUUUUUACCAUUAAUUUUGUUAUUCAAGCUUUUAUAUACUAAUUGAGAAUGGUAUGCAUUGUAUUGAUACUUAAUCCAAUGAAAAAUAUAAGUAUUUUUUUUUUCAGAUAUAUCAUGGAUACUUAUGCUGAGUUCAAUUAUAAGAUUUAAAAAUGAAUUUUAUAUAAACUAUUUUUUCUACAAUUUUGUAAUUCAGGAUGUGACUAUACUUUUUCCAAUAGAUUUGCAUGUGAUUGAAAAAAGGAUUUAGAGUGAAAGGUAUUUUAUUCAGUAUUUGUCGAUCCAACAUUUAGGUUCUGGUCGUUUGUUAAUGUUUUUUAAGACAUCAAUAACUUUGUCAAAACUCAAUGAAAUUUUACAAAAUAUGGACAGAAGCUUUUUUAUGAUCAAAAUACUGUAUCCACAGCAAAAUUUGGAUUUUUUUGAAUUUUACUGAUGAAAGGACUUUAUACAUGUAGUUGGCAGUUGACAUUUAAAUAAGUGUGGAUUUAAGUAUUUAAGAUAUCAAUUAUUUUGUCAAACAAUCAAUGAAACUUUGGCAGAAGCUUUUUUUAUGACUAAGAGAUAAUGUCUGAAUCUAAGUUUUUGAAAUAUUUUUUUUUUCAUUUUUCAGUAUUUUACUAAUAAAUGGAUAUAUGUUUUGCAAUUAACAUUUACUUUCAGUCUAGGAUUAAGUAUUUUUUACAUCAAAACUUUAUGAAACUUUCAUUGAAUGUUAUGAAACUAAACCAGAAGCUUCCAAGAUCUAAAAAUACACAUGUAGCAAUU